AUGAAGCACUUUCGCUACGCUUUCGCGAUCUUCACCCUAUACGUCCAAACAUCAGUAUGUACGGGUCCUCGACAAAUGACUUGGUCGACCAAGUCCUUCGGUCCAGAUGGUCCCUGGCAAGCAGUCAACGUCAUUGUGGGAAGCAACUCCUCUGAUCUCAUGCAACCAACAUCGGAAGUCGCACUAUAUCCUGGCGGAAGUUGGGAAAGUAAGAUCUUACUCUCAUCCUUGUGCGACAAUCAAACUUUAUCCCCGAUUUGCUACGCAGAGCAAGCCGGGCUCUUCAAUAGCGACAAGUCCAUGACCCUGGAUAACACCUCGAUCCAAUUACCUCCCUACGGAACAUGGGAUGAUCUGGAAUGGGGAUAUACCAACGCUGUUCCAAUAUACGCCAGGGCAAGACGAGCGACAGAUUGGAUCAAUAUACAAGGCACUCCGAUUCCCGAGGUUGAUCUGAUUCUCAUACGUGCUGGGUGGCAAACAUAUCCAAAUGGCCAGGCUUAUCCGCUUGAAGUUGGUACACUUUCCCUUGGAAGUCCGGAAUUGAACCAGACCUUUGGGUCCACGAUCAAGAUCAAUACGACAUUUGUCAACAGUUAUCUUUACGACCAAGGAGGCGUCAAUACCAUUCCGUCUUAUUCUUACGGUAUGCACAUUGGCUCCGCGUCGCUGGGAAUUCCGGGAUCGCUUCACCUGGGCGGAUACGACCAGAGCAGGGUGAUCGGAGAAGUUUCUUCUCAGUCGUUCAACAGUGGAAGUUUUCCGAUCCAGCUUUUUGAUAUAAGCCUCGGGGUUGCAGAAGGAGGAUCGGCCUGGAGUUAUUCCAACAAAUCCGAACUUUUGGCCCAAGGAAAUUCCUCCUUGUCAUCCGGCCUGACAGUCAUUGUGGACCCGACGAAUCCUUAUAUUUAUCUCCCUCAAAGCUCAUGUGACGCCCUAGCUGCCGAGCUACCUGUCACGUACCAACCCGACUAUGGCCUUUAUUUCUGGGACACGUCCGAUCCUCAGUACAACAAAAUUUUGACCUCACCAAGCUACCUAGCCUUCAGAUUCAGCAAGAACAGUCUGAACAAUGCAGAUAUCACCAUCAAAGUUCCUUUCGCCCUCCUGAAUCUUACAUUGGAAGCGCCGCUUGUCGAAACACCAACGCAAUACUUCCCUUGCAUGCCCACCAACAGCACACCUGUACUAGGUCGAGCAUUUCUUCAAGCGGCCUUUGUCGGUGUCAACUGGCUACAUGCGGGGAAGUGGUACUUGGCUCAAGCCCCAGGACCAGACGCAUCAUUCAUCGUCAACACAGCUACCAUGGACGAGAAAAACCCCUCUGUCUCCGGCUCAGCUAGUAGUUGGGAAGAUACCUGGAAAGGCCAAUGGGUUCCAUUGCCAGAAACCUCGACUGAGAAAACAAGUGGAACUGAUGCAUCGAAUGAUAACUCCACAUCCGACACGGGGCUCUCCACCGGAGCGAAAAUUGGAAUCAUUGUUGGGAGCGCCGUCGGCGGCGCAUUGGUUCUUGCAAUCAUCAUUACAUUCUGCAUUCGUCACCGGCGGAAACAAACGAGCUCCCAGUCCCAUGAGGAUAUGUAUAAGAUGGUGGAUGAUAGCUCGACGAAGACGAACGAAGGGGAGCUGGCAGAACUUUCUGUGAGCGAGUGGAAGCAGUUGAAUGAACUGGCUCCCGACCGUGAAAGAUACGAGAUUGGAUCGGAAAGGGGACCAUUCUAUGAGUUGGCCCCGGAAAAGAAGCCCGUCACUGAGUUGGGUAAUAACAAAGACGCCCACUCCCAGUGUGGUCCCUUUGAGCUCCCAGAUCGAAGCUCGGUAUCGAAGUCUCAGUGGAUCUAG